AUGUUCAUACAUAUAUAUAUUUUUUUUAAUUCCGAAUUUACUAAAAACUGUAACGCUUCACUUUUGUUUAAAUAAACUUUACUAUAAUAAAAGUUUAAAAAAAGUUGUACAUUUUUUAAAAGAAAUCCUUCCAAACUUAAAUUUCAUGUUUUCCCUGUUAGAAAAAUAUUCCCUUAAAGCUGCAUUUACACGGGUCGAUUUCUGUGGACUGAAAAAUCGACCAAACAAAACACUUACAUUUUAUGGUUGAAUUGCCAUUUACACGGGUCGAUUUUGGUUCAAUGACAAAAAUCGACUCGUGUAAAGGCAGUUUUACACGUUCAAAAGCAACACAGCAUUUUGACUUGUGGAGAAAAAAUUAAAAUGGCAGACAUUUUUUCGGCACAAUAUUCACUAACUACGAGUUUUUUGAAGAAAAAGUACUACAAAGCUACUAAAAGAAAGCGCAAAUAAACACACAGGUCAAAUAGAACUGAUUACCUGCUCAAUCGUAGGCAGCAUGAUGGAACCGGCAGUGUUACAAGAACAACCACAACAAAUGAAUGACUAUAAACAAAAAGUCAAUGAAAUGCAAAAAUUGCUGCCCUCUUUGGAACAGUACAUUGCGAACGUAACUUCUCAGAAUGAAAAUGCGGAAGAGUUGGAAAAAUUAAAACUACUACGGGAGCUGUUGUUGCAGCAGGAGGUUGUGGGUGACAGAUUGACACUUGGUGAACUGGACAGAUAUGAAGUGAUGCUAAAGGGUGUAGCGAAUACACCGCUGUUGACGUCGGCGUCAACGUUGGUUUCCAAUGCUUGUGGUGAUGAGGUAAGUGCUUCAGAGGUAAGGGUUUAAAUUUAGAUAUGUGCUUUUAAUGCGUGUAAGAAUGUUUAUUAGAGGGAAACUAGUAAAUUUAAAAAUAUAUUAAGAUCAGGGAAUUUGGAACAGUAGUAGGUAUUUGAACCAAAACAACAUUUAUAG